UGACGAGUGAGCGAGGCCAGGCCGAUCGGACGACGCACGCAGACGCAGACGCAAAGGUGUUGGUAGACUGAGUCUCGUCCGACGGAUUCCGAUCGAUCGGUCGAGAGUUCUGACGCCACUACAGUGCCGGGCGGGGGGACUCAGGGCUGCUUGCUACAAGAGGCAGUGGCGACUGGUGAGGCCGAGGCUCCGUGCUCUCUGCUUCCGCUUCUUCCCAAAUUCGGCCGCUCCGUCAGCCGCGGCCACACUGUCGCUGCGGCGUCCGGGGCUUAAAAGGGAGUGACUGGUGGUUCUGCUGCAGGGGAAUCGCCCAUGGAGGGCUCCCGGGGGCGGUGGAGGUGGGGUGGCAGGCGCAGAUCCAUGCUAAUGGUGGCGCUGGCCCUGUGCUUCGUCGUGGCCGUCGUCUCCCUCUGCUGCUGCGCCCGGCCCGGGGCUUGCAGUGCCAGUGCCUGCAGUGGGAGGAGUACUGUGGCGGUGCUCCGUUCAGACUUUUGGAGACGAACAGCAGAAUCGUUCGGUAAUCAGGACCGGUCAAGCGCCAGCGGGAGCGGAGGGCGGCGGCGGCUGCUGGUGGUGGCCGGACCGGGGUCGUACCCGCCGCGGUGCACGGGCAAGUGCGGCAGCUGCAGCCCGUGCUACCCGGUGCACGUGGCCGUGCCGCCGGGGGUGCCGGUCACCACGGAGUACUACCCGGAGGCAUGGCGGUGCAGGUGCGGCAACCGGCUCUACAUGCCAUGAUCGGCGACGCAAAGAUGAAACGAGGCCGGUGUCGGUCGGCACCUGGCCGAGCCGGGACGUCAAGCCGCGCGCGGUGAGCUUACCGACGCCGAUCGACCUCGGCGCAAGCUGACGAACGAGAGCACCCAUUAUUGCCCGGGGCGGGGGCCGGGCGGCUCGACCGCGGCUGCAGCCGCAGCAGUGCCAUGGCUGUCGCGGCGCGCCUGCCUUGCAUGGGUGGAGCUGCAGGGGGUGGUGGCCUACUGGGCCGCUGGGCUCUGUUUCUGUGCGUGUCUUCUCUGCGCCGCUGGAAUUCGCACGGCCCUACCACGACGCGCCGGGGCAUGGGGGGCUGUACGGCGCCUGCUGUGCUGGGGCGGGGAGGAGAGUGAGAUACAGUGCACUGAGUGCAGCUCCUGCACGUGUCCAGAUCAUCCAUCUGUUGAUAUGAUUCUCUGUUUUGUUUCUUCCGUCUAGGAUUUUGAUCCAUUUUUGCGCUGGUGAUCUUCUUGACCCUUCCGUCUAGGAUUUUGAUCCAUUUUUGCGCUGGUGAUCUUCUUGACCGCAUGGCGUGUGAUGUACCGUAACACUCCACGAGCAGAGAGGAUGAUGCCGCGCAUUGCUAUUGCAGCAUGGAACAGACGCGAGUGCUGCUUAGUCUGCAGCCGCGACGUGUCAAAUGUGAUGUCUGUAUGACGAUGUGUCAAAUGUGAUCUGAGUGAUCUGUGAUCUAUGACUACUAACUAACACAUGUA